GCUUCCCUCAGCCCAGUGGUGACUAGCAUUUUAACAACUAUUGGUCCAAACGGCCUGGAGCAUCAUGCCUCGGCUACGCAUGGUCAUUGCGGUAGCGAGAAGCACUGAUGGAUUGUUAUGUCCCUUACUCAAAUCUUCUCUCUCUUCUUUUCAUUCAUCCGACCGCUAACCCUCCCAUCUGGUAUCAUUGGCUUGUCUUGACGACGGUCUUUUCUCCUACAUACCCAGCCAUCAUCGCUAGACGACCGGCACUACAUUCUCUUCUAUAAUCCUCGCCCUGGUGGCUACCUCUCCCCCGUUGACAGCACACUCAUUCUAUCUUUACCACCAUGAAGAUCCAGUCAAAGGCUGCCUCACUCCUUCUUCUUCCCCUCCUUGUUACCUCAUCGCUGGCGGCGCCAAAUGUGAGGAGACACAAACCCCUCUUUAGGAAAAUCUAUGGGAAGAGAGAUAACGGGACAGAGACGGCGGAAGUGAUAAACAACAGUACGGCUAAUGUGACGGAGACGGUUACGGUCAGUGCUACAGAGUCAUCCUCUGUCACUCCUGUAGCCUCAUCAAACUCCACUGCAUCCUCAAAUGCCGCUUUCACCGGUUCUUACUCCUCUUCUUUUGCCUCAUCCUCCACCUACUCUUCUUCUAUUCCUGCCCCUUCAAAUUCCACCGACACUUCAUCAAUCCCUGUCAACACCACCGACAACUCUACAAACACCGCUUCAGGUUUCGACACCCAGCAAGCUAAUCCUGCCAAUCUUUCAUCUAACGCGAUCUCUUCACUCCUACAGAGCACAGUGGCGUUCGCGACCUACACCUAUUCAGUGUACAAGCCCGAAACCGUCACUCAGACUGAGUACCACACCCAGCAUUCCACAGAGGUUGUCGUCUCGACUUCAACUUCUGUGUCUGGGGCUCAACCUACAAGUAGCGGAAACGAUGAUGAGAGUGAGGCGGAAAGUUAUUGGGAUCAAAUUCAAGCCGCGGCGAAGAGUUAUGCGGAACACAUGACGGGGUCUUCUUUGCCCACUAUGACUUUGGAAGUUGUUCUUGAGCCUACCCAGGAUGCUGAUGGUUCUUGGGAGUACAUCAUCCAUAUUGGUGCAGAUGGUACAGCGACAGCUUCCCCCACUUGGGUCUCUUCAACAGCAGCCGCUACUUUGUCUCCAUCAGGCAGUUCGUCUGGCGGCUCCGCCGAUGAUCGUUACUCCUCUACUCCUAUCACCACUAGUGCCGACUUGAGCGGAGCCUCCGCAGCUACCUCAAGCUACUCCAAUCCUUACCUGCAAAGCGCUACCAACAUUCGAGCUCCUGCAGCUACAUCCACUUCCUCUUCAUCUGAGUCAACCUCAACGAGCUCAUCGAGCGAUGAAUCAUCCUCUUCCAGCGCCGAUGCAUCCUCUUCAGACUCUUCAUCCUCUGAUUCCUCAGACUCUUCGUCUUCUUCGUCGAGUUCUGAGGACUCUGGAUCUGUGUCAAGCGGUACGACUUCCUCGAGCGCGGACGAAUCAGUUGAUACGUCGACAGACGGUUCUUCUACCGCCUCAAGCUCUGCGGGUGCGGCUAGUGCGAGCGCGACGUCAGAUCCUUAUGCUGUUCCAGGACACGGCUCUUCCCAUUUCGGGUCGAAUUCUAAUUCAGACGACAGGGGCUCUAGUUCCAGCUCUGGCUCCGGCUCAAGUAACAAUGACGAUCCCUUGAGCUCUGACCAAUCGUCAUCGUCUUCUUCAGCGGCUGAAAGCACCUCUACCUCCAACCCUUACAGCGUUCCCGGCCACUCUUCUUCUAGCUAUGGUGGUUCCUCCAGUUCCGGUUCAGAAGGAUCAGGCGACAGCAGUGCUUCUAGUGGGAGCGAAAGCUCAGAGGGCACCACUUCUAGCCCUGAUGCUCAAGCGACAUCCACUGAUUAUAACGGCGACGCGGGUUUGGACGAAGAGACUCAGGCUACGUCUACUUCCUCUAAUGUUGAAGGUCAGACUACGGCUUCAGCCACUUCCGUUCCAUUCCCACCUUGGUACGGUGGCGUUGGCUCUGAUCCCGAUGAUCCAUCAACUUCUUCCAACGUGACCUUGCCUGGCAACUCUACCAUCCCAGAAAAUUCUACCUACCCUAUCAACUCUACCUACCCCGAUAACUCUACUAUCAUUGCCAACGGUUCGCUCCCUACCAACUCUUCAAACUCAUCCAUUCCCCUUCCUUGGACGAAUGAUACCAACUCUUCAGUCCCUGGCAACUACUCCAAUGUUACCGUGCCUGCUGAGGGUGCGAAUGCCACGGCUACUUCGUUAACUGGGUGGAUGAACGCGACAGCUACUUCUUUAUCGACUAAUGCCGCAGAGACGGCAUCUGCAACGUUAACUUUGGUGAACGGCUCUGUGGCAAUGCCUACGGCGACAACGACGGAGAGUGUUAGCGCAGUUGCCAAUGCGAACGUGAGCGCUAUUCAGUCGGAGAUUGCUAUCCCUUCAUCUUCUGCCAUUGUGAGCGUGGAAGAACCCACCAGUGCGUCUGCGAGCGCGACGGCGACAGCGAGCGAAACUUGGAGUGUGAGCCCGGACGAGAGCGUUUCCAGCACCCAAUCUGAAGCAGAGACAGAGACGAUGCCUGUUACAUCUUCUUUUACGGCGUUCAGCUCUUCAGUGACGACGAGGGAGGCUGAAGGUACCAUCUCAUCAUAUGAAUCGGUUCUUCCUACCUCCACAGACAGUUCUUCCUCGUCCAAUUUCGCUUCUGUCGCUUCUUCAACCGAGACCAACUCUUCCACACCCACCAUUACCUCCGCCCACUCGAGCUCAACUCCUGCGCCAACAAUCACUUCCGCCUCCUCGGUAGCUGAGAAUGAGGAUGGUAUGGAGACAGACUACGUUACUUCCUGGACAACAGUUGACUACACCAUGACUCGCAGUCCUAACUCUACUGCCAUCGCCACCGCUACCGCCGCCGCCUCUUCUGACGCCAACGCGACCGCAAGCCAAAGUACUGACCCUGUCAUUGUCUCGUCAGAGAGUCUCGCUUCUUCAUCCUCCAAAGGAGCUGAGACUGAGACGGCGUCAGAGGUCGAGGGUAGUACUCCGGUGAGCGCGAGCGUUAGUGUUAGUGCGACAGAGUCGGCGUCUGUCACUGAGUCUGCCGUGGGCAACUUUGCUCACCCGGUCGUCAUUUCGUCUUCCGCUUCCUCAACUAUGAGCGUCGCUGAGAGUCAAUUCGAGUCUUCGUCUUCAACCGAAUCCGCUUCAUCAUUUGCAACCUCCAGUGUCAUCUCAGCUUCCUCCGAGAUUGUGGCCACGCCCACGUCAUACUCUUCGUCUUAUGAAAGUAUUUCCGAACCUUCUUCAGCUUCUUCCGCAGAGUCUUUCACAGCGACGUCAACCGCAUCUGCAGAGGGUGCUUCCGAGACUAGUGGGGCGGAUGAAGAUGGAGAGGGUGAUGACUGCGACGAGGAUGGAGAAGGGAGUGAUUUGACGGAGCGAGAUGAUGAGUAUGAAGAGGUGUGGGUUGAUGAGGAUGAGAUUGAAGAGGGAUGGGAGAUUUUGGUUUAGGGAUUGGGUAAAUUGAAGAUCUGAAAUUGAAAGGGAAUAUUGUUGAUAUAAUACACGUACUCGUAGCAUGGUAAUACAGUCAACGGACGUUUCUUUAAUGCGCUAGAUAGAAAUGAAUGGC